AUGGAAUACGUUACCAAUUUACCAAAGGACGACCCUUCAGUUGCCACUACAUCUAUCCAUGGAUUGAAAUACACUCACCCUGUGAAAUACUACGACUUUCAUGUUUAUUACUAUGCUCAUAAACCCGAAACAGUGAAAGAAGCUAAAGAUUUAUUGAAUAAAUUGAUUGCUAAUUUCCCAGAGGAUUCUGCUAAUGGUUCAAUAAUUGUGAAACAACUACCAGAUGAUAAAGUAAUUGGACCUCAUAGUUCUCAAUUUUGGGAAGCUGAUGUUUUAAGACCAGAAGUUUUUAUUAAAGUACUUAGUUGGUUUCAAUUAAAUCAUGGCAAAUUAAGUGUUUUAAUUCAUCCCCAAACUGGAGAUGAUUAUAAAGAUCAUUCAGAUUAUGCUUUAUGGUUAGGAACACCUGUUCCUAUUUUCACCAGUGUAUUUGGUGAACCAAAUGCUGGUAUUCCGGAAUUUGGGGUUCGUGGUGGUAAACGGAUAUCACCGGAUGACUUCGAUAACCAUAAGACAAUCUUGGAAUAA